UGGAAAUGUCAAUUUCAGGGUUGUGUGUUCGCCUGAUCGAUGUUCUUGAACAAUAACAAUAUUGUAAACGUUAAUAACGCAAAAUUGCUUGUAUUGUAACAAAUUUUUAAAAUAGAAUGUAAUGUCAAUGGCGAGCAGAUAAUUUAAUUUGAAACUGGAAUUACAUAGCGUAACGACGGAACUGUUACCAAUCGACAUCCAUGUGUUCGCGCACUCUUCGAAACUUUUUCGAUGUUUAUGUGUGAACCCUCAUUCUCUUUUCCCGCGCUUUGCAUGUCACUGAUGAAAUUGUGUUUACUUGUUGUUGAUUAAAUAAAAUAAUUAAUUCUAAUAAGCCGUAUAGAAUUUUCGAAGCGUUUGCCCAUAAAAUAUGAUUUCAACCGAAACAAUAGCCGAACAGUUCGAUGAAUUGGGUUUGGAACCAUCCACAGCAAUUCUGGAACGAUGUGUACACCUAUGCAAUGAGUAUAACAUUACGGCAGCGGAUUUCAAUUCCAUUUGGGUGGCAUUUAGCUUGACCCAUUUAAAUGGAGCUGAUCCAACUCUUGACAAUUUGAAUGAAUUGGAGCGUAAAGAGUUUGCCAAUGCGAAAAAUGUGAACAAUUCAAAGAACAAAACCACAUCGCAACAACCGGACAACAAUUCCUCCUGCUAUGACGAUUUACCGGACGACGACAUUAUGGACUCGUAUGGUUUCCAUACUCCAAAGGCACCGAAACCACAGUCGAGGCUUCAUCGUGCUGCCGUUGAAAAUAGCAUAACUGCGAGUCCAGCAACCUAUUCUCCGGUAUCUGGUCUGACCAAAGCUCAUUCGGAUACAUCUGGUAAAGUUAUAUACACAUAUGGCAACUCUACGCUGCUUAAAAAUACUGAUUGGGGCAAACACUGCAAGCAAGACGUAGAAAUUAUUCAACUUUCCAAUAACGAUGCCGAUACUCUGUUGGCGACAAACGAAAAUUACAUGUUCGAUCCGCUGCUAGAAAAAUGUUUAAUUUCAAGAGAUAGCCUCUAUGGCAUCGCUAAAGAUGUCUACAUGAAACAUUUUAAAAACGACACACUUCGACAGAGCACAAAUGACAACGAAGCGGAUAUUGAGCCAUUCAGCGAUCUUUCCAAUCCGAAUGUACCCGGUCCAGAACAAAUAAAAUGCGUCGGUCGUAUUUGCUGUGAUAAUGAGGGUAAAUUAGAUGCAUCGUCCACUGUGUUGAUCGGGACCGAUGAUUCGAAAAUGCGAUCGGUAAAUUUGAAUUUCUCGAGACUGAAAUCGUUCGCUGUAAUACCGGGACAAACAGUUAUGGUCAAGGGUGUAAAUCCGCGUGGAGACGUUUUGUAUGUUAACGAAAUUUUGACCGAGAAUACACUAAAUUCGCCGAAACAUAUUCAGCUGGCCGAACCGUUAAGUAUGGUGAUAGCGUCGGGACCAUUCACUAAGACUACCGAUAUUACGUAUGAACCAAUGCACGAACUCAUCCAGUAUUGUCAAACGAAUAAGCCCAAUGUGCUGAUCAUAAAUGGACCGUUUUUAGAUGCUGACAAUCAGAUCGUUGCUACGGGUGAGCUGUCAGAAUCAUUUGCAUCAUUUUUCGAAAAAAUGAUCGUCGGACUUGUGGACGCAAUUGGUGAGGACACCCAUAUAGCAGUGGUGUCAUCGAGUAGAGAUGCACAUAGCACAAUGGUCUAUCCAACUCAUCCCAAUAAAUUGAUUCGCACCUACAACAAUUUGUCAAUGUUACCAGAUCCGUGCACGAUCAGCAUUAAUGGUUUCACAAUUGGAAUUAUAUCGACUGACGUAAUUGGACACAUAAGUGAUGCGGAGCUGGCUGUUGGUGUUGCCGACAAAAUCAAACGUUGCGUGAACUACAUGUUCCAUCAAAAAUCAUUCUAUCCGCUCAAUCCGCCAUCGUUAGAUCUCUUCGUCGAUAGUGAAUUAGCAGCAAAACACGGCCAAUUAAAUCACGUUCCAAAUAUGCUGGUUGUUCCCAGUGACACGAAACAAUUUAUUCGCGAUAUCAACAACUGUUUGGUUCUUAAUCCAGGACGAGUGGCACCAAUGAGCGACGGCGGAACGUUUGCAAGAGUUGUUGUAACCCAAUCGGAGAUUGAAACUCCAUUAAUGAAUUACGUAGCAUGUCAGAUAAUUCGUGUGUAAUGCAACAGUUGACUUAAUUAUGCAAACAAAGAACUUUUGAAAAAAAAA